UCUUCAAUAGUAGUUAAUCUCUCAUAAUGAACGCAUUCUUUGGUCUUCUAAUCGCUUGCUUGGCUGUGGUUAGUCAUGCUGUCGAUCUUCAAAUUGUCAAUGGGACUGACGCUGAGGUCGGAGCACAUCCUUACAUGGUGUCUCUAAGAAAACAAAACAAGCAUUUCUGUGGCGGAUCUAUUAUCAGUGAGAAUUACAUUCUCACUGCUGCUCACUGUCUUAUGCAGUUUAAGAAACCCAGUGAUCUGGAUGACGUAACAGUUCACGCUGGCACGAACCUUUUGAGUAAAUCCGGUACUGUUUACAAACCUGAAGAGUCCAUAAUACAUCCAAAUUUUAAUUUGCUUUUAAUCCGCAACGAUGUUGGUUUACUUCGUUUAAACACAAACAUAGAAUACAAUAAAUUAGUGCAACCAAUUUCUGUUGCAAAGACGAAUUCCGUUCUGGAGGGCGAUCCUUGUUUCUUGACAGGGUGGGGAACACUUGAGUUCUUAGGAAAAGUACCUGAUCGGCUACAAAAACUCGAUCUGAAAGUUUACUCGCAAAUUAAAUGUAAAGCUUCUUUCUGGAAUGUGAGGAGGAGUCACAUUUGUGCAUUUUCAAAAAAUGGUCAAGGAGCAUGUCAUGGUGAUUCCGGUAGUCCUCUUGUUGCUAAUGGCAUUCAAAUUGGCCUUGCUUCGUUUGUUCGACCAUGCGCUGUUGGACAUCCAGAUGUAUAUACAAGGGUGUCCUCUUUUAUAAGUUGGAUCAAUCAAUACACCGUCCAACCUACCACAGUGAUUAUCGCUAUGAAUACCAUCGCUGGUCUCAUAAUUGCGUGUCUGGCGCUUGCCAUUCAUGGUUUGCCAGAUCCGCAAAUCGUUGGCGGAUAUCCUGCUCCAAAAGGCCAAUACCCUUACCAGGUGUCAUUGAGAACUUCCGUAUUAAAUCCUAACUCCCAUUUUUGUGGCGGGGCCAUCAUCAAUAAACGUUACGUUAUUACUACUGCCAAGUGUGUUAUUACAUACAACAGGAAUCCAUACAGAGUUUUCGUCGUCGUUGGAAGCAAUGAACUUAACGCAACUGAUUCGUCGAUAUAUCAAGCGAUGAACUUAAUAACACACGCUGGUUUUAACAAGUUGCUGCGUAUUCAUGACAUCGCUUUAAUCAAAGUACAGAAAGACAUCGAAUUUAACGAUAACGUUCAAUCAAUUUCCUUACCAACUGCCGAUCGCAAUUUUGAUGAUUAUCCUCUCGUAGCUACUGGCUGGGGACGUCUAGGGUUGACCAGACCAGUUCCUAAUGAUUUACAAGAGAUUAUACUGAAAGGGUAUUCCCACGAGCUUUGCAGCCAAUACCCACACGUCAGGAAAACCCACAUAUGUACCUUUACAAAAAAAGGCAAAGGAACGUGCUAUGGUGACGGCGGUGGUCCACUCGUUGCUGACGGCAUUUUGGUUGGUCUCAUGUCAUUCAGUUAUGGCGUGUGCGGUACAGGUGCUCCCGACGUAUCUACCAGAGUCUAUUCCUAUCUAUCGUGGAUUAAACUCUACACUAAAGAUCUGUCACUAUAAAAGCAUUCAUCCAUCGAUGUCACUCCGAAAUUGUUGACUAUUAUAGCAUUUAUUGUUUCAAAAUGUAACAGUAGAGACAACAACUAGCAACUUCUGUUUAUGUUAUUAUAAAUUACUUGAAAAUUUUAUUUAUGAACAAAUUUUACACGGGUAAAUUUAUAAUCAUAAAUUUAAAUGAAGUAUUCCAGAAGCUUUUUUUUAAUAAAAUAUUUUUGUCAAUUUGAUUCUUGUUAGAGAUAAUCCAGUUUUAUAUAAAUUAGAGAAAAUAUUUUAUUAUAAUAUUGAAAAUUAGAUUACGUAUAUAAUUUGGAUUUAUUUUAUAAAUAAGAAAACGGAUCUAAAAUUAUUUUUGUCUAUUUUACUACAAUUUUGAUUUUAACCAUAACAUCUUUCUAAACAAUAGAUAAAAGCAAGUAAGAGUCCAGCGCGGUUAGUGCUGCGUAAAAAAAACAAAUAAGUUUAUUAAUCAAAUCAACGUUUUCUACAUUUGUACGUUUCUGCUUUGAAGUUAUUUUUAACGUGACAAAAACAACAAUAUUAACGUCUUCUACAUUCAGAUUGCUUGGUCAUCGUCGUUCAAACGUGCAGGUAAAUCACUAAUGGUUCCUACUCCCGAAAUGAAACUAUCUCCAUUACGUGUAUUGUCGAAGGAGAUGGUUUGAUCUCCCCCAAAUAGUCGACGAGAACCAGUGAUGCAAUGGACAUCAGUCUUUAAUUACAUAAAUAAAUUAAUAAUCCGUCUCUCUGUCUCGUAAUGUUUUCACCGAUGUUUAAGUCACUCAACAUAAUAUUUCUGCUACCAAAUGUCAAAAAUGCAUAAUAAUAUAUUGCAAAAAUUGAGCUACAUAUUAUGUAUAUAAGACAUAUUCUAAACUUUAUUCUUUUCUUCAUUAAAAUUCAAUUU